AUGGCAGGAGCUUCUCUUGCCUUCCCGGCGAUCUGCCUGGCCCUCUCAUUUCUUUUUGUUGUUGCCGUCUACAAUGCUUCGAUUAUGCGGUACCUCGGCACUUUCCACUGUCGCGUCAUCCUCCCCUCGUACCAACACAUUAAACGCAGGCUCCUCAACCGUAGCCCCGUCAACCAAAACCUACCAAACCAUAUGCUUGAGCCAGGGUAUGAGUCAAUCAACCUUGAUACCAAAGAUGAAGAAGACCAACAUCCUCCGCCUUUCACGGCUCCACGCAUGUCACUACCUGACUACUAUCGACACCGUCAAAGCCCUGCUAGCAACGCAGGCAAUAUUUUUUCAGACAUGGAAGAUGCAACCGAGACCGACGGUCUCAACAUGACCACCAGAUAUGCAGGAGGCCCGUACCGUCCGCGCCGCUGGUCCACCUUUGUGGGUGUCGCCGAGCGCUCUAUCCACAGCCGUUCCCCAAGCCUGUCUGGGUCUCUUGUAUCCUCUGACGAGUAUGACUCCGACUGGUCCAAUUCUGCUGUCGAUGAAGCAGUAUUCGAGCCCCGCAAUCCAGCCGAUGGCAUCCCCGUCUGGGAAUUCGAAGUCGAGCGACCUAUCUAUACCCUUGACCAGGAUGAACAAGGAACACCGGCACUUUGGCUGGAUGAGGUUGUUGAGUGGACUGCGCAAGGCGUCUUUGCUUUCGUUGUCCCUGAUAUGAUCCAACAAAGGGGCUGA